UUCCCCUUCGCCCCCUCCUCGUAGAAAUCUGUAAUAAGUUCAAUCUUUUGCCCGGCCAGCUUACUCCAAAUGCUCACCGGUUUUUGAAUUGUUUUGUAAAUAUUUGUGAAUCUCUGAACAUCAAACCUUCCCUUGAUCUCUUCCUUCAUAUGUAUGAUGUCUUGCCCGGGACUAGUAACUGCCCGGGCUUUGUUUACUUCCAUUCCCGUGCCAACUCUAGGGGUUUUUUAACCGGUCUCCCCCCUAGCCACAAGAAAUGGAAACAAAGAUUUGUUUUCAUUGAAUUUCCCCCUGACCAAUUUCCCCUCUCUAACCGUGAGUGGGCUGACCGGGUUAUAAAACCUGAAAGGGUUCACCCUGUGCCCACUAAAGAGCUUGAGGACGCUUGCGAGAAACUUCUCAAGGGUGAUCCUGUGACCGGGAAACCUUAUGCUUAUGGGGGCUGGGUGUACCGGUUGUCCAACCCGGAUGGGGGUAUGUCUGCGACCCAUGACGCAGAAGAUGACCGGGCGAACUCCCCGGAUGGUCAUGCUGAGGGCAGUUCUCCUCAUUCAAACAUGGAAUUCAACAGGAUGACCACCAUCAUCGAAGAUGACGAUGAUGAUAUUCAAGUCCUCCAUUCUGGCCGGUCACCUCUUUCCAAGCCUCCUUCUACUCCUCAUAUCCCUGAAAUGGAUGAGGCCACAAGUGCCCGGUGUAGCCCUAUCCCUGAACAAAGCCAGAAGCUGAAAUCUCCUCCAGCCACCCAUCUCUCUGAAAAUGACCGGGUCCCUUCUCCUAAGAAGGAUGUCAAGGCCAAAGGAAAGGAGACCGGUCAUUCUUCCUCUCACAAAAGGAAGGGUUCCCACAAGACUUCCAAGGGAGAAAAGAAGAAGAAGGUCAGGCUAUCAGAUUUGGAGGGGGAGUCCAUCGAAGUAACUUUCCUAUCCCUGGCCAAAAAACUUAGCAAGGUUGGAGUUCUAUCCGAAGAAGUUGGCCGGUCACUCCUGGAAUCCAAGGACCAGGUCUCCGAACUCACCCUCCUUCUUGAUUCUGCCAAGUUGGAGAUCAAUGACCUGGUCGAAAGGGAGAAGAAGCUGGAGGAAGAGCUAAUGGCUGAAAGGGCCAGGUUAGAGGAGGAGAGGACCAAGUUUGCCCUUCUGGAGGAGGAAAGGAAUAGAAAGGUGGCCGAGCUUGAGGAUGCGUUGGGCCAGGCUGAAGAAUCUGCCCGGGCAAAGGAGGAGGCCUUUCCCACCUUGGCUGCUGACUGGGCUGCACGCCAUCACACGGAGGUUGCCCGGUCCAUUCUCACUACCCCGGCGGAAACUAUGGACUUCUUCCAAGUCAUGUAUCAAGAGCCAGAGGGUAAGAGGAUGAUAACCGAGAUCGGUUCAUAUGGCUUUCAGUGUGGCCAAAAGGAUGAGAGGUCUCUUCUCUAUGCUCGGCUUCAGAAGAGGGACCCUUCAUUUGAUCCGGCCAAGAUGAAGCUUCCUCCUNAUAUAGUACCUGACCAAGUCAUCCAUCCAAAUAUCAUCUGGCUCCACUCGAUCUGGAUUGGGCUGUCCAUCUUCCUCUAUCAUGCUAACAGAAAACCCUUCAAUGCUGGCUUUCUCCAGCGUCUCAAUCCUGGCCAGCUUGGACACAUGCUCCGGGGCUGCUUGCGUCAAUUUUGAUAGCAAGUCAGCAUCGGUGUUUUCCCCCCUAGGGAUUUGCUCCAUCACAUACUCAUUCAAAUCCUUCAAUAAUGCCCUUGCCAAGUCCCUGUACUU